AUGAACCAGACAAAGGUCACUGGGGAGGAAAAAUCCACAGAAAGAAGAGCGGAAGCAGUGGCAGCAUCACAGCUGGAUGCUACCACCAGCGGAACAAACGAGCAGGAUAAAAAUGUAAACCUGGCCCAAGUGGAAGAUGGAAACAUAAAGGUCACCGAAGAGAAUUUGGCUGAACUGGGACUGGAUGACCUUUCAUUGGACGAUAAGACCGCAGGUGAUGACCUUUGGGCAACUCCAAUGGUCUCAGACGAAUCGAACGAGUCCUACUUCACGGAUGAUGAAGCAACGAUGAAUAUGUCUUUUCAAACUGCCAUGAAGGAAGCUGACCGGGCUGAAGGUAUGAUACCAUUCAAGGACAUACCGGAGCACCUCAUUGAACGGACAAAAACUGGAAAGGUCAUCAGUGUACGACCACCGUCACCGAACAGUCCCACGUCAACUUUGAGGAGACGUGUCAGUGAAUUGGAAAAUGAACUUGAAGUCAAUGAACGUCAAGCGGAUAAGCGAAAACAGGAAUAUCGGGAAAGACUGACGACACUUGAAGCACGCCUGUUCGAUCUGGAGCAGCAACAGGGUGACCUUCAAAGUGCCGCAGACGUUAGUGACCUUAAUGAGAGCAUGUCAGAAGAAUCAGCGGAAAGGUCACGGCACUUAGCCGAAUUGAAGGAUGAAUGUGACUCACUGAAACUUAAGGUCACCGAAGCGGAAGCCAAGCGAGAUGAAUACGCGGCCAAACUCGUCGACGCUACUCAACGAUUGUUGACAAACACCAAUGAGGUGUUUAAGCUGAGAAACGAAUUGAAGUUACGGGACGAGAACAUCGGAACCCUUCAAAAAGAAUCACAGGAUCAUCAGAGGAGAGCCGACGACGCUGUCAAAGUGGCUAAGGACCUGAGGGAGCUUACAGCCACUGAAGGUGUGCGGUUGAAGAACGAAAUUAAGCAGGUGAUGGAAGAGAACAAGUCGUUGAAAGAAGAUGUUCAAAAGGUCACCGAAGAGAAUACCGAGUUGAAAAAGACUGCUAAGACAAUUGCCGAGCAAGGCAUGAGGUGGGAACACGAGGCACACCUCCUGGAUGAAAAGGUCACGGUACUUGAAUUGAAAGAUAAGGAGUGGCAACAAUCAGUCCACCAGAAGACGCAGGAGAUUAUCAAGCUCAACACGGAGCUGAUUGAUAUGACCCAAACGGUGAUGACAAGAGAAGAUGAGGUCACCCAGACGAAAAACCAACUGAAAGCAGCAGUCGAGGAAUACACGAAGCUGGAAAGGGAUGUGACCCAGUUGGCGGAACACAUUAAAAAGGUGGAGAAUGACACUGAAAAGGUCAUUCAGGAGAAGACUUUCCAACUCCACCAACAUAUGUUAAAGGUCAAGGAGGAGAAUCAGAACUUGAAAACGGAGAAAGAGGAAGUCCAGUUCAAAGUCCGUCGCCUUGAGGAUGAGAAUAAGGCGCUUGUUAUAGGAAGUGUCAAAAACGAAAAGGACGGGGAAAAGGUCAAGGAUGACAAGGAGCCACCAUCGGAAACUUAUUCCCAUUCGAAUCGUGGUGAUCCCACCCAAUUUCAUCCACAUAUUGAAACGAAAAUCUUCAUUGAUGAAAGGAAACAGGAUAGACCGUCUAGCCGGCAAGAACGCCCAAGGAAGUCCCGCUACGGAAAAGCGAAGCGAAAUAAGGACGAUGACGAUAGUGACUCCAGUACGGCAGAAGACAAUGAUGCGACACAGAGAUUAGUGAACGCACUCCAAUCGAUGGGGCGCAAGACAAACCUAGUGACCUUUGAUGGAAGUCGCGACGCAGUGAAUGGGUGGACACAAUUGGUCAAAGACACCCAACGGACAUAUCAUCUCACUGACGAUCAGAUUUUGAUUGAAAUAGCCAGCGCAGUCAAAGGACCGGCGAAGACCUGGUUCGAAGGAGAGAGAGAAAUCGCACUCCAAGAAGAAACGGAAUACACCAUUACAGAAUGGAUGGCCAAGUUUAAAGAUGAAUAUGGAGACCGUGACGAGGAAGUUCUUGGCUUACGAGAAGCCAUGGCAAGGAAAUUUGACCUCGGAAAGGAAUCGCUUGAUCAGUUUUAUCAAGCGAUUAUGAAACUCUAA